UGACUUUAACUGCAGCUGGUCUGACAAUUUUUUCGGUGCUCUGGAAUGUGUAAUGCUCAGUCGUGCGCUCAAACUUGGGCUGAAACGAAGUGCUGGUCGUUGUCUUUAACUUUUUUAAACGUGGAAAACAUCAUAAUAAAAACAAAGUAACAAAAUAAAUACAAAUACCUAGACUAACGUAACGAUGUUGGACAAUGAAGCAUUUGGGUCUUUCGUCUUUUACAGCACUCUUCUGAUAAUCAAAAUGUACAUUGUGGCUAUUAUCACGGGGCAAGUGAGACUUCGAAAAAAGGCUUUCGCUAAUCCGGAGGAUGCAAUGAGGCACGGUGGCAUAACGUUCGCUAGAGAAGAUCCUGAUGUGGAGAGAUGCAGAAGGGCCCACCACAACGACAUGGAGAACAUAUUCCCCUUCCUGUUCCUGGGUGUGGUUUAUUCCAUGACUGAGCCAACCCUGCUGAUAGCCCGGACCCACUUCCAGGUGUUCUUCCUGGGCAGGAUGGUCCACACUGUCGCCUACCUGCUGGCCCUGAAGGCACCAACCCGCUCCCUGGCUUACAUCAUAGCCCAGGUGCCCUGCUUCUCCAUGGCUGUGCAGGUCCUUAUUGCUGUGGCAUCUUACCGGUGAACAAACAUCUAAACGCCGUUCUAAAUCCCAGCAGUCGCUAGUACCAGUUGUUGGCAGGAGCUGUUGCGAUGAUAAUGCCAGUGAUACUGGCACAUCUCUAAAUGGUUGACUUGACCAGCAUUUUCAACAGAGAAUAAUGAGGAACAUUGUAAACCAGAACCUGCUUAUCAAGAGCUUAUACUGGAGGCCAAGCAAAAACAACCCUACGCUGACUCCCAGGAUAAUGUGUUGAAUUUAUAUUUACAUGAAGGCUAUCAUUUUUUAUUCACAAAUUGUAUACUAAUAAUAUAGUUGCAUCACAGUAUUAUUAUUAUUAUAUAUUUGUCACCAGUACCAAUACUUUUUGGGGGGGUGGGGGGCACACUUUACACCGCCAACUGGUCACAACAUGUUACAGCAUGUUCAUAUCAAAUGUUAUUUUUUGGUAAGUGAAAAUCAUAAACUGUGUGCGUGACCAUCCAUAAAAAAAAAUUAAAAAACAGCUGCUGAAGCAGUAUUUCCCCCAAAGCAGAAAAUAACACCUGCAGUCACAAACACAUCUAUCUUUUUAACAUCUCUAACCAUUAAAAAGUGGUUUGUAUCAGUUUUAGAUUAUUUUGCCAGUUGUAUGUUUUGCAUGCACACACAAUAACAUUUAAGAUUUACUGGAAUGUCUGGGAACAGGAAGUCUGAUAAAUGAAUACUUUUAUAAUAACAAAAAGACUUAACAGCAGGCAAGCUACGAGCUUUCUGGAGUCUGAUGUCUGCCAAGUUUGCAAUUCUGCUGUUUAGAGAGGCAUAAACAUUUAAGGCACAUCUCGGCUGAUUUGAAAGCUUCAGACAGCUCGUUCCAUGCUCAGUCCACCUUAAAAACAAAAAAAAAUCAUGUAAGAUGAGGGCUAGAAUUGAAUUAUUUUGCUCUCGGUUACAUAAGAUUCUUCGGGUCUUAGUAAAAGUAAACAAAAUGAAUGUUUUGUUUUGUGGGUGGGAGAUUCCUGCUGCAGAAGGGCCCCUAUAAUUGUAGUUUACAGCAUUUCAAAUUACACAGAGUUCCAUUAUAAAUCAAUGUUGUUUAAAUAAACAAUCUUGUGUGUGUAUGUGUGUCUAUAUAUAUAUAUAUAUAUAUAUAUAU